AUGCCGACAGCGAGCCUGUUGGGCACUUACGACGUCGGUCUCUCGCCAGCGGUGACACCGCCACCCAAUCUCAACAUUAGAGAUAAGGAUCCCGUGCAAAGCGUAUGCGGGUACUUUACGCUUUCCGGCGAUAAAGGAAUUAGGUCACGAAAGUGCGCGGAAAACGAGACAUGUAGGGUUAGUGAUGGUUUCCUCGGUUGCGGUUCGGCGGUCUUCACCUCGUGUGCGAACGCGCGGGAGGUCAAAGGUUGCAGCUCUGGAAUGACGGUGGAUGAGAAGACACUCUGCUGUCGUGAAACUUCGGGUAUCGUACCGGCAUGCCAGACUUUCAUGAGAGACGACUCUGAAAAGGGAUUGAAGAAGAUGUUUGCAUGUCGCGACCUCGAUAUUCCGUGGGAUAUCACCGUAACGCUGCACCAUUCGACGAACCUACUCGUCAAUGCCCGCAGUUCUACACCUACGAGGUCUCCUCCCUCGACUCCAUCUUCUGGUGGCGAUCUAGCGCUUGGUUCUUCCGCCGAGACUAUGACACCCAGCUCAAUGGGAACGUCAACGCCUAGCCUAGCCUUCACACCUACCGCGGCAGCCGAGUCAGCUUCCGGAAAGCCUUCAGGCAACGAUGAUGCGCAAAACUUCUCACCGCAACCACAGACUAGCGCCAUUGUAGGCGCGGUUCUUGGGGCCUUUGCUUUCGUAGGUGUUACAGUCUGUUUCGUCGCCUGGUUAUUCAUGCAGCAGAGACGGAGAAGAGCACAGUCGACAGGCCGGCGGUCACCGACGCCGACGGUAGAACUGCAGGGUGAUCAGCCGGGUGAUUCGGCGAAGACAGAGGGAUUGACGGAGAUGAUUCAGCGUGAACAUGUGCCGACAAUACCAGAGUUACAGGCUUGUAGGGCACCAGCGGACGGUGAGCUUGGAAGUCCGAACAAACCGGCUGAGCUGGAUUCUUGA